AUGAUUAUUUAUAAUUUUAUAAAAGGAAAAUAUUAAUAGAAAUAUGAAAUUUUAUAAUAUAGAUUAUUAAUACAAAUAAAUAUUUUAUAAUUAUAGAUUGAUUAGUUAGUUUUAAUUAUUUUUAAUAUAAAGUCAUUUGAACUUUAAAUCAAAUUAUUAGUGAAAUUAUUAUUCUUAAUGAUGGUUGAUAUUCAUUUCAUUCAUUUGUUAAAAUUUUAUUCAAAAUAUAUUUAAGAGUAAGACUUUUAUCAGAAAUUUUAGGUUAAGAUAAUAAUUUAAAAUUUGUUAAAGUAGCUACUUAAUAGAGUUUCUAAAAUAGCAUUUUCAAUAGAUAUUAAAUUAGAUAGAUGCAUCAAUCAUCGAAUUCAAUUAAGCGAGAAAUUGUAGGGUAUGAGUCGCAUACUUUAGUUUAGAUUUACUUUUUAGGAGCAUAAAUCAAAUGUUCCUUAUCAAGUCUUGUUUUCUUUCCGCAAGGAGUACUAGGCUCUUAAACUUGUAUGUCUCUUUUUUGUUGAUCAGGACUGUUUAAUAUUUUUGUAAUUAGUAUCUUUCUAGGGGUUUGGUUCAUUUGAGGGUUGCUAUUGA